CCAGGGGCGGGCGCGGCGCGGCAGCGGGGACGCGGGUUGGGACGGGCGGCGCGGGAUCCACCCCCCCGGGCGGAGGCCCGAUGGUGUGGGCCGGCAGGGGAGUUGCGGGCUCUGGGUUUGAACCUGCCAACUUCUCCAGCGGGCAGGGGCGAGCGCCAGGGCGGCGGCGAGGGCGAGUAACACGCAGAGCUGAAACCAUGGUUCAGCAGAUGCUCUACCGGGCGCUGGUCUCCACCAAGUGGCUGGCGGAGUCCGUCCGGUCUGGCAAGCUGGGCCCUGGCCUUCGAGUGCUGGACGCGUCCUGGUACUCGCCGGGCACCCGCCAGGCCCGCAAGGAAUACCUAGAGCGCCAUGUCCCCGGCGCCUCCUUCUUUGACAUAGAGGAGUGCCGGGAUACUGCCUCGCCCUAUGAGAUGAUGUUGCCCAGCGAGGCGGGCUUCGCUGACUACGUGGGCCGCCUGGGCAUCAGCAACGACACGCAUGUGGUGGUGUAUGAUGGUGACCACCUGGGCAGCUUCUAUGCGCCGCGGGUCUGGUGGAUGUUCCGUGUGUUUGGCCACCGCACCGUGUCAGUGCUCAAUGGUGGCUUCCGGAACUGGCUGAAGGAGGGCCACCCGGUGACAUCUGAGCCCUCAUGCCCAGAGCCAGCCAUCUUCAAAGCCACACUGGACCGUUCCCUGUUCAAGACCUACGAGCAGGUGCUGGAGAACCUCGAAUCAAAGAGGUUCCAGCUGGUGGAUUCACGGGCCCAAGGGCGGUACCUGGGCACGGAGCCGGAGCCAGAUGCAGUAGGACUGGACUCGGGCCACAUCCGAGGCUCGAUUAACAUGCCAUUCAUCAACUUCCUGACGGAGGAUGGCUUCGAGAAGAGCCCAGAGGAGCUCUGCGCCAUGUUCCAGGCCAAGAAGGUGGACCUUGCACAGCCCCUCAUCGCCACAUGCCGGAAGGGUGUCACCGCCUGCCACAUCGCCCUGGCCGCCUACCUCUGUGGCAAGCCCGACGUGGCUGUCUACGACGGCUCCUGGUUUGAGUGGUUCCACCGGGCCCCCCCGGAGACCCGUGUGUCCCAGGGGAAGGGAGGGAAGGCCUGAGCGGUGGGCCUCUCCUCCGCUCGCCCACAACUCUUGCCCAUGUAGUGAUCCCGGCCUGGCCUGCAGCUGGGACCGCGCCUCAUCGGCAAAGGAAAUCGACAAGUUUUUAGCAUUGCUGUGUAGAGCCCUCCUCUCCCCAGUGACACUGGAAUAAACUUGGCCUUUUCUGAGUA